AUGGUCAAAGCUGUCGUCGCAGGUGCUGCUGGUGGUAUCGGCCAGCCCCUCUCUCUCUUGCUCAAGCUCAACCCCCUCAUCACCGAGCUCAGCCUCUACGAUGUCGUCAACGCCCCUGGUGUCGCUGCCGACAUUUCCCACAUCUCCACUCCCGCCCAGGUCAAGGGCUUCCUUCCUGCUGACGGUGGUGCCGAGAAGGCCCUCGAAGGUGCCGACAUUGUCGUCAUCCCCGCUGGUGUUCCCAGAAAGCCUGGGAUGACUCGAGACGACCUCUUUAUCAAUGCCGGCAUCUGUGCCACGCUCGCGUCGUCUAUCGCCAAGGCGUGCCCCAAGGCCUACAUUCUCGUCAUUUCAAACCCGGUCAACUCGACUGUGCCCGUGUUUGCAGAGACCUUGAAGAAGGCUGGCGUGUUUGACCCCCGGAAGCUCUUUGGUGUGAGCCACUUGGAUAUCAUUCGAGCGUCGACCUUUGUCGCUACCGUUGUUGGCAAGCCCGAGGAUGCGCCCAAGUACACGAUCCCCGUUGUCGGUGGUCACUCUGGUACUUCGAUCUUGCCCUUGUUGUCCCAGACCAAGCCUGCUAUCCCUGAUGUUUUGAGCAACAAGGAGCAGCGAGACGCCCUUGUGCACAGGAUCCAGUUUGGUGGUGACGAGGUCGUCAAGGCCAAGGACGGCGCUGGUUCUGCUACGCUCUCCAUGGCUCAAGCUGGUGCCGAAUUCGCCAACUUUGUGUUGCAAGCUGCGUUUGGCAAGGAGAAGGGCAAGGUCGUCCAGUCUUACGUCUACCUCGGCGCGGAUGCCGGCGGUCAGGGUGUCCAGAAGGAAAUCGGGGCCGACCUCGACUACUUUUCGGUCAGCCUCGAGUUGGGCCCUGCCGGUAUCGAAAAGAUCCUCCCCAUUGGCAAGAUUGACGACGUGGAGAAGGAGCUUCUCGCGGCGGCCGUCAAGGAGCUCGGUCCCAGCAUUGAGAAGGGUACUCAGUUCCAGCCCCCUCCCCCCAAGCUCUAA